AUGAAAAGUCUUGCCAUUCCUUCAUUCAUACUAAUAUGUGCUGCUGUCGCCAAGGGUUACCGCCUUGAGUCAAAUGGUCUGGCCAGCAACAGCGCAUCUAUGCCACCGGGCACGGACGAGGAGGAGGUACCUCGGGCUCUUCCAGCAGGUUUCCCAGCGUCCACUAAUAAAGAACAUGACAAGCCCAUACAUCAAGUAGUACAGGAAACAUCGUUUGCAGAGGAUGCAGGCACCUCUGUAGUCCCUGGAACGGAGGGUCAGGAUAGGGGCUCAGCAAGGGAUGUGCAGCAGAUUACCAACAUGCAAAGGAAACACAAGACGAAAGUUCCCGUUCACGCUUCUGAAAUGAAGGAGCUGGCCAGUGUUGUCAAGAUAUUUGUAAACACGGUGAAAGCCGAUUUCGUCUCUCCUUGGCAGAUGAUGGCUCCGAAGGAACACAGCGGCUCGGGAUUUGUCGUGGAAGGCCAAAUGAUAAUGACCAACGCACACCUCGUUGCCGACCAGACUCGCGUGCUCGUGAGGAAACAUGGAAACCCAAAGCGUUUCCUUGCGAAGGUCAUUGCUGUUUGUCACGAGUGCGACUUGGCGUUGGUAACGGUGGAUGAUGGAAUCUUCUGGCGCGGGCUUCAGCCUCUGGCUUUCGGAGGAGUCCCACAUUUGAGGGAAAGCGUCGUUGUGCUUGGAUACCCCACAGGCGGCGACCAGUUGAGUAUUACGGAAGGUGUUGUCAGCCGGGUGGGGGUCUCGAUGUAUGCUCAUUCUUAUUUCGGGCUUCUUACGGUGCAAAUUGAUGCUCCUAUAAACCCAGGAAACUCGGGGGGUCCGGCUAUUUCAGCGGGGAAAGUAGUUGGAGUUGCAUUUCAGGGUUUCAGCGAAAUGCAAAAUGUCGGGUACAUAGUGCCAUAUCCGGUAAUUCGGCACUUUUUAAACGAUAUUGCUUUGCACAGAAGACACACCGGCAUCGUUUCCAUGGGAAUCAAAGCGCAAACUAUGGAAAAUGAUGCUCUAAAACAGUUCAAGGGCCUGCACACUUUGCCGCCCGAAGCGCUGCCGGAGAACGUGACGGCCUCGGGAGUGUUAGUGCUGUCUGUAGACAAACUCCGUUCGAACCUAUACAUGCAAGGGAAGAUAGCACUGCCGAUUUCCCGCUAUGAACAGCUACAGGAGGCUCGAGAUAACUGUGAAUUGGGGGCAGCGACGGAGAAAAUGCAUACCACAGCUUCCGCUGAGGACUGUCAGGGCAGGUGCCCGAUCAAGAAGAAGCCGUGCCCUGCUCUUGUCGAAGAUCAGCCCCCAGGAGAAGCUGAUGACGGCAGCGCGCAACAACGAGAUGUUAAGGAGGUCCCCUCCAGAGUCAUCUGGCAGCCCCAAAACUGGGCAUCCAGCAGGCCGCCAUCUGCAUGCAUCCUGUGCAGCAGCCAGAGGUCCCCUAAUAACAUGAACGCAGAGAGCGGACCCAUCCAAGUCCAAGCGAAAGGCCGUCCUUCGUCUGCACCCCCAGCAGUAUUGACGAGCCUGCGUAAAAGUGAAGAGGAACGGAUGGCUAACGGGGAAGCGACGGGGCAGGAAAACAACACUGAACAUUCUGCUGCAACCCAAGAAGAAACGGACGAAGAGGAACUGCCGCAGCAAAAUCUCCGGAUCUCCCCUGCUGUCAUUGAUGUGGAAAUUGCAGUCCGUGCAGUUAAAGAAGAAGACAAAAUAACCAAUGCAGGGACGGAGUCAGCGAAAGAUGAGACAGCAGCUUUGAGGGACGAAUCCUCCGCUUCAAAUGCAGAAUUGAAGAAGGCGCCGUCACAAAGCACAUCGACAACGAAAGGUGUAUUUAGGAAUCGACGCAAAGUCCACAUGGAGGGCGAAAAAGAGAGGAACGAGAUAAGCUGGCACCCGGAGGAAAACCCUGAAGCCGAAUCCUCACAUCAUUCAACCGACAAUUUUGUCCCCCCCGUUCCAGCUUCAACAACAACACCAGAAGAGAGACCAGCACCAGCAACGCGAGAAGCAGCCCCAACAGCAGCUGAGGAAAGCUUUCUCCCACCCCGAGCGAAAUUGGAAUCGCUUCUGCAUAAACUUCUCGUUGGUAAAAGUACAAUACGCCAAAUCAGGAGCCUUCUGCGCACUCCAGAAAAUGAACUAAAUGGACCUGAGAGGAGAAAAGACGGUAACUUUGGAGUUAACAACGGUUUUACUCAAAACCGAGAGCACAAAACCUCUCCUACGACCCAGAAUGCAAGUAGCGAACAAGUUUCAGUUGCUGUCGCGGAGCAGCAGGAGGCACCAACGAGCAAAAUGCAGAAGGAAACCAAAAGCAAGCUGGGAGAGGAAGACGCAGCCAUGCAGCAAGCGACGAAGCAGGAGCAGCUAAAGGAGCAGCUCAACGCUCCGAAUAGGCCUAACCAGGAAGAAAAUGGAAAAUCAAAAACCAGCGACAAAGAUGUAACACUGGCUGCCCCUGUACACACACUCGUGGACAACCCAUACUUUGAUUCCCGGCUGCUGGAUGAAGAGGAAUUCCUUGGUUUUAGAGAAGGCGAUGUCAUCCUGUCUAUCGGCAAAUACAGUAAACCCUAA